GGAAAUGCAACAUAAGUGGACCUUGUAUUUUCACAGUACAAGAUUCAUAUGUUGUCAGUCUCCGGUCUUCUUCCUAGGAGGCUAGGAAGAAUAAAAUCACUAGAUAUCAAUCAAAAAAAUAUUUUUUCUUCUUCGACUUCCAACUUUCCUCUGCUACUUGUUACUGAGAGAUCCUCCUUAAUGGCUUUUCUACUUGCACUUCCUCUUAGCUGUAAUCUCUUCUCUUUACUUCGCAUGGUUUUCUUCAUGGUUUUUGUUUCUGCAAAUGCCCCUCUUUCAGCCCCAACUGAUACCAUUUACCCUGGGCAAUCUCUAACUGGGAGCCAAACCAUUAUCUCCAAAGAAGGAAACUUUGAGCUUGGCUUCUUCUCUCCUGGUAAGUCGUCUAACUUCUAUAUUGGCAUCUGGUACAAAAAGAUCUCAAAGCAAACUGUGAUUUGGGUAGCAAAUAGAGAAAAGCCAGUGCUCAAUACUUCUUCCGCUGAACUCAAAUUAUCUGAUGAUGGCCAUCUUGUCCUACUUGACAACUUCAAAAACUUCAUCUGGUCAUCCAAUUCAACCCGUCAAACAUCAAAUUAUACAUCUGCCGUUCUCCUCGACAAUGGAAAUUUGAUAUUAAGAGACCUUUCAAAUAACAGUACUGUAACUUGGCAGAGCUUUGAUCACCCAACUGACACUUUUGUACCUGGAAGUUGGAUUGGCAUGAAUAAAAUAACAGGAGAAUAUCAAACACUAACUUCAUGGAAAAAUUCGGAAGAUCCUUCACCUGGAUAUUUUUCUGAAACAAUAGAUCCCAGUGGAACAAGCGAGUUCUUCCUUGAAUGGAACAAAACUAUAAAAUAUUGGCGCAGUGGGCUUUGGACUGGACAUUACUUCGCUGCUGUUCCAAUACUUCCUGAAAUGAAGCCGCAUACUAUUGUCACCGUUACUUAUGUUGACAACAAGGAGAGAAGAUACACCACAUGCUUUUAUCGUGAUCCAUCUAGUUCUAAGAUUACAAGGCAAGUGAUGGAUGUUGCUGGGCAAAUCAAGCAAUUUGUAUGGAUGGAUGACCUCAAAGAUUGGGCUCUGUUCUUUUCUAGACCAUCACUAAAAUGUGAUAUCUAUUUCCUCUGCGGUCCUUUCGGAGUCUGUGAUGAAAAAAGCUCUCUUGUCUGUGGCUGUGCUCAUGGUUUCCAACCGGCGUCUUUGAGAGACUGGCAAUUGAAUGAUUGGAGCAGUGGUUGCGAAAGGAAGACGAAGCUCCAUUGCAGCGGCAACAUUUCUGAUGAGAAAGUUGGAUUUCUUAAAAUGCCCAACAUGUUGCUUCCUUCAAAUUAUGUGCAUUUGAGUGUCUAUAGCUUAGAAGAUUGCAGGUCAGCCUGCUUAAGCAACUGCUCGUGUAGUGCUUAUACAUAUAACGGCAGUGGCUGCUUAACUUGGAAUGAAGAGCUUCGAAAUCUUCAACAGCUCUAUGAUGGUGAUGACAGAGCUCAAACAAUAUAUGUUCGCCUUGCAGCUUCUGAUCUUCCAAGUUCGAGUGAUGAUAACAAGAGGUCUAUCAUCAUAAUAUGUAUAGCUGUAGUAUCUGGAGUUGGAGCUGUCUUGUGUGCUUUACUCUGUCUUGCAUUGAGAUGCCGAAGAAAAAUGUUCAUUAGCAUUAAGAAGGAAGGAGAAGGACCGUUGAUUCGAUUCACCUAUGCUGAAUUACAGUAUAUGACGAAGAAUUUCUCAGAAAAAUUGGGUGUUGGGGGAUUUGGCUCUGUUUUCAAAGGGGCAGUGCCUGAUUCAAAUGCUAUAGCAGUGAAGAGACUCGAAGGUGUUCAACAAGGAGAGAAGCAAUUCCGAACAGAAGUGAGCACGCUUGGUUUUAUUCAGCACAUCAAUCUGAUUAACCUUCGAGGUUUCUGCUCAGAAGGUAACAACAAAUUAUUGGUCUACGACUUCAUGCAAAAUGGCUCCUUAGAUUCCCGUCUCUUCAACGAAAACUGCGAGGUUUUAAGCUGGAGAACAAGAUAUGAAAUCAUACAAGGAAUAGCAAGAGGAUUAGCUUAUCUCCAUGAGAAUUGCAGGGAAUGCAUUGUACAUUGUGAUAUAAAACCAGAAAACAUACUUCUAGAUGAGAAGAACUGUCCUAAAUUGGCGGAUUUUGGUAUGGCAAAACUCAUAGGAAAGGAUUUCAGUCGUGUCUUGACAACCAUGAGAGGAACAAUAGGCUACCUUGCACCAGAAUGGAUCUCUGGCCUGCCAAUCACGCCUAAGGCUGAUGUCUACAGUUUUGGAAUGAUGCUUUUUGAAAUUAUAUCAGGUAGAAGAAACAGAAUUCCUGAAUUUGACUUUACAUUUUUUCCAGCAUGGGCUGCUUCUAAAAUAUCACAAGGUGAAGUCCUUGUUCUAUUGGAUGAAAGAUUGAAGGGUGAUGUUGCAAUAGAAGAAUUGGUUAUUGUAUCUCGAAUAGCUUCGUGGUGUAUUCAGGACAGUGAGUCUCAUAGGCCAUCAAUGGGGCAGAUUGUUCUGAUCUUGGAGAAUAUUGCUGAGGUGAAUGUUCCUCCUGUUCCAGGAUCACUUAAAGAACUUGCAGAAAAUAAGGAUUUAGAAUCAGAUGUUUAUUACUCUGCAACUUUAUCUUAGUCAUAAAUUAAUCUCUUCUAGUGUUGUUGCAAUGUUUCUAGGGAGCUUAGUUUUUUCCCCCACUUUGCAUGUUGCUGCCUUAUAUAUUUGUUUUGGUUGUGGAUGUUUUUACUAGACAUUUGCAAGAAGAUGUAUUUUGGUAUA